AUGACCGCCAUGCUUCUCUGUCCAAUCGACGGCUCCGAGUUCGCUAAGAUGGCCGAGGGGCGAUCGCGCGUGCAGCAAAACGACCUGCUGCUACACGAGGCCGUCAUCAAGAACGAGCCCGAGGCCGUGCGCGAGGCCCUGCGGAGGCCUACAGAUGUCAACUGUAGGAACAACUACGGGCGCGCGCCGAUCCACUGGGCGGCGAGUCGCGGGAACGUGGAGAUCGUCAGCUUGCUCAUCGACGCGAAAUGUGACAUCGAAGCUGCCGACAAGUUCGGCAUGCGACCUCUCCUCAUGGCGGCGUGGCACGGACAUUUGGCGGCCGUGAAGACACUGGUCGACGCCGGCGCAUGUCUGGCAGCUACGAAUAAGAAAAACAACGACGUUCUCCAAUGCUCGUGCAGCCGAGGAGCAACAGACGUGGCCGCGUACGCCAUCUCCCUCGGAGCCAGAGUUCAGAACACCGAUACUGCCGGAGACGCGCCGCUGGCGCUAGCGGCAAGAUCUGGCCAUACAGCGACAGUGGAGCUCCUGCUGGACAGUGGGGCUGACAUAGAUUCCGUCAAUAAGGCUGGCCGCACAGCAUUGCACGUCGCAUGCGAAGGUGGCCACUCGCAAACCUGUGCCCUCCUGGUGACCCGCGGGGCCGACCGGGAGUUCCGGGACCAGGCGGGGCGGACACCCCUACAUCUAGCGGCGGUACACCGACACACAGAGUUAGUGAGGACGCUGUUAGAUCACGGGUGUAACGUGGACGCUACUGACCAGGUGAUCUAA